AUUUCUGUAAAGGUCCGUUGCGAGUUGCGAAAGCUAGCCGUAGCCGAUCCAACAACGAUUGCUCGGUAUGCUCUCUACGCCCUAUGCGCUCUUCUCAUAUCUGCGCAGCUUCAAAUCUGCUCAGUCUUCUUUCGUAAGGCGAAAAUUCUUCUUACAGAUCAGAGCCGUUUCGAGUUUGAAGGUUAUUUGGCGCAAGGAUUCCAGAUUGGACGAAGCCAUUGAGAACGACAAGCGGUACAAGCUAUGUGCGCGGGUUGUGAGGGAAGUUCUCAACGAGCCUGGACAGGUGAUUCCACUUCGAUAUCUGGAGAAACGACGACAGAGAUUGCGUCUCAAUGUGUCAAUCAAGACGUUUAUGAGUUUUAAUCCGGGUUUGUUGAAUACUUACUGUGAUAGAAUCAAACCUAAAUCUGAACCCGUCCUGUUCUUACGCCCGAGCGACCGGCUUAGGGGGUUUCUCGAAGAGGAGAAGAGGAUUACGAUGGAAAACGAAGCGUUGCUCGUUUCGAAAUUGUGCAAGUUAUUGAUGAUAUCGAAGGAUAAACUGCUCAGUGUCGAUAAAUUAGUGCAUGUUAAGCGGGAAUUCGGGUUUCCAAAUGAUUUUUUGGUCAAUUUGGUGCCGAAGUACCCUGAAUAUUUUCAGAUAAUUGGAAGUCCUGGAGACGAAAAAUCGUUUCUUCAAUUGGUUUCUCGAAACCCUAACUUCGCGAAAUCAGUGAUUGAGAGAAGAGCCGAGGACGAAUCCAUAUCGACAGGCAUUCAAAUUCGACCCAAUUUCAACUACAAUCUUCCUCCUGGAUUCUUCUUAAGAAAGGAAAUGAGAGAAUGGGUUAGAGAUUGGUUAGAACUAGAUUACAUAUCGCCGUACGAGGACGUGUCCCAUUUGGCCCAAGCUUCGCCGGAGAUGGAGAAGAGAACAGUAGGAAUUUUUCACGAGUUGCUAUCACUUUCAUUGUUCAAGAGGAUUCCAGUGCCAAUAUUGGGAAAAUUUAGUGAUGAGUACCGGUUUUCAAAUGCAUUUUCCAGUGUGUUCACAAGGCAUUCUGGGAUAUUUUAUUUGUCUUUGAAAGGUGGGAUUGAGACUGCGAUGCUUCGAGAGGCAUAUAAGGGUAGCCAGUUGAUUGAUUGUGACCCAUUGCUUGAAAUAAAAGAUAAGUUCGUGGAGUUGUUGGAAGAAGGAUGGAGGGAGAGAGCUGAGCAGCGAAGGCAGCAGGCAAAACAAGUGAGGAACGACAUGGAAUUCAUGGCUGCAAGAGCUGACGCUUAAAGGGCUGAAUUUAUGAUGAGGAUGACUUUUCAGCUUGGAUUGCACAACUUAAUGUAGAGCUAGAAUUGAUUCAUUUUGAGACUGUUGUGUCUCGCUUCAUUUCAGCUGCCAUUAACAUUCAGAAGAGGUAUAACUUUCUUUUGGGAACAUUUCUGAAUUAAUGUAAUUCCAACGUUUGGUUCCACAAUGACAAUCAGCUAAUGAACUCUGCUCUAAUCAGUGUAAAAAAAUUUCUAGGUUUCUUGAUGAUCGCUCGAAGAUGUAAUGCACACAUCUCCGUCUCAUUAGUUAACGAUGGUUUAAUGUCCAAUCUUCAGGAAAUCACCCUAUCCAGCAACUCUGCCAAGUGCUAAAUGGUCUAGCAGUGGAAUGUUCAAAUUAGCCUUCAAGCAAAGUAAACGGAUGGCCUAUUGAACCCUGCUUGAAAUUCUGUGUCCAAUUUCCCUCGUGCCAAAUCCUCAUUAGUCACCUCAUACCCAACAUUAGAAAUUUGCUGCAAUGGUUCCCAAAUUCAUUAAGCAGCCUAAACCAUUCAUCAUGGUAGGUAGUAUAGACCAUUAUAUCUAUGUGAAGUACAUUAUUAUUCAGGUUGGAUUUGGUCUUGCUAAUAAUCUAGUAUCGAUGGAAUGACUUCUACACAUCUCUUGCAUGUUGCAAGGAAACUUAUUGUCCUAUUCUUUAUAUGCUUCUUAGUGAGGUGACACUUCAUUAUUGUAUGCAAAACAAAUUGACGGAGCACAUUUAUAUUCUGAUACUAUAUCGUUCAUGUGACAAAUGAUGCAAGGAAAAAAAGGUUGGAAGUUUUCACUGGAUGGAAAAUCUUCUCAUCUGAGUACUAAGAACAAUUUUUUUUAAAUGGAUCUCCAACCCCGAAAUUCAUUCACCCUUAGAAGCAUUAAAAUAAGUACUUUAUUUUCUCUGAGAGUUCAUCUUGCUUAUCUCGUUU